AUGGAUGGACUGAUCAGAGUGGAGAGACAAAAGUUUCCUUUCACUAUUGAGAACAUACUGAGCAAAUACCCAAACAGUAACGGAGACAGACGGUCGUGUGGAACAAGUGGCCCUGGACUAAAAGAGAAGAGUCCUGUUGGAGGCCAGACAGAGGCUGUUCAUCACGCCUGCAUGUGCUGCUGCUACUGCUCCCACUGUGGAGACAUGUACCAGACUGAUUUCAUUCAUGAAGCCUGUCAGUACGGAUGGCCGCCGGCGAUGCUCACAGACCCAUGUAGGCUGGGAGACGCUCACAGGGAGGAGCAGACACCCGGUCAGGUGCAGAGGCGAACCAGACGUCACCGCACUAUUUUCACAGAGGAGCAGCUGGAUCAUGCACUGGAGGAGCUGUUCCUGCAGAACCAGUAUCCAGAUGUGACCACAAGGGAGAAACUAGCACAGCAUACUCACUUGAGGGAAGAAAGAGUUGAGGUUUGGUUUAAAAACCGAAGAGCAAAGUGGAGGCGCCAGAAAAGACUAUCAUUUGGUAUGGGAAACACAGAAAAGUGA